AUGGAGGAUGACAACCUGCGGGAUCUGAUGAACCGCUUGCGGUUUGCCACGGGCAAGGUCGUGGAGGCGCCCAUGCCAGAGGUCACCGCCACCUGCAUCGGUGAACAGUGCCGCUUGGUGCUUCAACAGGCACUAUGUCGUCAUCCUGCCCUAGGCAUGUUGCAAAAUACAAGGAAUGAACUCAAGAAGCAUGUCAUGGAACAACUGCAACAUUCGCUGCAGACGGAGGCGGCGAUUUCAGAUGAUGUGGGCCGUCUGCUUGGGUGGAUCAAUGAGACGUCCGAGUCGCUGGAGAUGGAGCGGUUAUCCGCCGUUUACAGUGACACGGAGCAAGCAUAUCAUCUCAUGAAGCGCCACAUGCUUGAGGAGUUGGGCAUUGAAACGCUUCCAAAGCAGUUACAAUGUGUUGCUGGUGAUCUCUCUCCAUGGAACUUAUUGUUCACCCUCGUCGUUGGUCCCCUCUUAAGCUUUGAUGAGACACGGUAUAGGCGGGUGGAGAUGUACAUUCCAAACCCGACACAAUCCAUGGUCACUGAUCUUAUGGAAAUUAACAAGAAUGUGUAUAGUACCCUAUCCUGGGUAUCACUGCUAAACAGUCUUGCGAGUUUUCCAAUUAAAACUGUCAGACAUGUAUGGUCAGCCGCGCUGUUCUUCUUUCCAACAAGUGGACCUUUGGCGGUUGCCUACUUGACGCGAGAAAUAACAGAGGCUGCAAAAAGACGUUUUCUUUGGGAGGAGAGGGACGAGGAUGAUGCGAAGGAAACUUAUCGUUCCUAUUGUCGUAUCUUGAAUUGUUUCUUUCGUCAUCUCCCAUUAUGUUUUAAUGUUGAGAUGUUUCGUCUCUUUAUAGACUUUUUGGAGCGUUUUAUCCGUCCGGACGAUGCCACGUUGGAUGCUGUUUUUAGGACUGCGCUGCAGCAGUAUAUUGGGCACUGCCCUGCAAGCACGGAGGUGUGGAAGAAAUACAUCCGCUGGAAAGGCGACAAAAUUCGUGACGCACACCUGCGACGUGAGUGGGUUCGAAAAAUGUACAUCCGGGUGCUUCGAACUCCCCUAAACGGCCUCAACGAGGUAAAGGAGGACUACGAUUUCUUUUUGAAGGCUGAAUACAGAGGACGACCCCCGACUGAGGGUCGCCUAGAGGAGCGGUUUGUGCGCGCGCGCGGGGCUGCCGGAGAAUUGAACAGAUUCAUAGGGGCAUGCUGCAAUACUCAUGGCGGCGAUGCUCUGCCGAGGCUGUUGUACCUCCCGCGCCCGGUCCGAUUGACGGCGAACAACACCUCUCUCGUUGUGGUGUCGGAGAAGGAGGAGAUUAUGCGUCGAUUGGAGGUGGAACUCUGGGCUCAAUGGACCUCCUUGAUUGACCGAGAGACUGGGUCUUCUGCCUACACGGGCAUGGAGUUGUUUGGUUACGAACGUGUCCGAUUUUUUCUUGCGAUGCGGGCCAGCUUUUUCCCGCACCAGUCCUUUUCGUGGACUAGCCUUGUCGACUACUGCCUUGGGCAACAGCCGCUUCUUUCAGAGGCCGAGCGACAAGCAUUGGCGAGGGAAGUUCUUGAAAAGGCCUCUUUCUUGUUAACCAGAAACUUUUUCCUGCAAGUCUCGUAUUGUGAUUAUAUGCUACGUGACCUUGCGGACCCCGAGUGUGCGCACCGAUCUAUUAAGGGGUUGCUUCUGCAACAACGCCACUCUGUUGUGGGGUACAUUAAAAAAGAGUCACUUGCCUCCCUUGCAACGGCGACGACAGCACUGGAGCGUGUUGCCUUGCUCGCCGUAAACUGGAUGCGAUGGGGUAGUUUAAACAAGGAGGUGACGAACACUCAACAUGUUCGAUUGGUGGCACGCUUCACAAUGCAUCGCGUGGACUUUCUCUCAUUGGUUAUGGGUGUCAUUCGACGCGCGUCUAAGGAGGAGCGAACUUACUCUCCGCGUCGCUGUCUGCAGGCAUUUAACACGUUUUGCCGCUUUUGGAUAGAACUCGAGCUUAUUCGAAAUCAGGCCCAGGCAGAGGCUGCUGUUAUACUUGAGCGAUGGAAGGACCAUUUGAACAUGUUUUGCAGUUCUGCCAAACACAAGGGAUGGAGUCUACUAGACUGUGGCGUUGACGAAGACUUUACCUCCAGCUGCGCCAAUGUGUGCCGUAGUGACGCCUCAGCGGUGCAGCAGGUUUUGGGGUUCAUGGAGGAAGUAAGGCUUACCGCCACAAGGGCCUCCUCUUUUUCGCCGGCGGAUGUGGAGUCGCUUCUGGCGAAUAUAAGAGGAAUUAGAGACAUGUUCUUUGUUGUGGACGCGGAUGCUGAGAGCCUCCCGGCUUCCACACUGCCACUUCAUCUAUUUAGUACGCGGGCACGGGGUGCAACAAUUCCGCUGCAGACGUAUGAUCAUCAUUUGUUUUCGGCGGAGGGGGCGUGGCACGAGGAGGGAGAAGCGUGCGUGCUGCCUGCGGGGGAAGUGGGGGAGGGAGGCAGUGCGGCUAUGCACACAGCGAUGGCGCCCUCGGUGGAAGCGAUGCCGGAAGACGCGCGUUGGGUUCCUCAUGCGCCGGCGCGAGCUUGCACUGCCGCAGAAAAUCCACGAAGUGCUCAGAGGGGGAGCAAUGAACAGGAAGUGAGGCCACGAAGAAACAAACGACCACCUAAUAGGCGCUGCUUGGUUGUAGAGAGUGUGUGCCUUAGGGAUUUGCCUACCACCAUCCACUCCUUUGGGACUACGGCCGCAUCCGACGCACUCCUGCUGCGAAAGGUGGAACAGAUGUUGACGAUGUACCUGCCAUCAACGUAUGAGACGGACGUCUUAUUUCGAGAAAUGACGGUUAACACGGACUGGCUGCUCCAGUUUAUGGAACGCAUGCCCGCGAUGCGGUAA